GGCCCUUCCCGUCCUGCCGCCGGCUCGGUCCUCCCGCGGGUCCGCACCGCCGCCAUCGCCAUCAUGCAGGGCGAGGACGCCCGGUACCUCAAGAGGAAGGUGAAAGGAGGAAAUAUAGAUGUGCAUCCUUCGGAAAAGGCACUUAUUGUUCACUAUGAAGUGGAAGCGACAAUUCUUGGGGAGAUGGGAGAUCCUAUGCUGGGAGAACGCAAGGAGUGUCAAAAAAUCAUUCGGUUGAAGAGUCUUAAUGCAAAUACAGAUAUUUCUUCCCUGGCUCGGAAGGUGGUGGAGGAAUGCAAGCUUAUUCACCCCUCCAAGCUAGCAGAGGUGGAACAGUUGCUUUACUACCUGCAGAACCGCAGAGACACCUCAUCAGCAAAAGACAAGAAAGAGAAAUCCAGUAAGCCAAAGGAUCCACCACCUUUUGAAGGAAUGGAGAUUGAUGAAGUGGCCAAUAUCAAUGACAUGGAUGAAUACAUUGAACUGCUUUAUGAAGAUAUUCCCGAUAAGGUGCGUGGUUCUGCACUCAUUCUGCAGCUGGCCAGAAAUCCUGAUAAUCUGGAAGAACUUCUGCUUAAUGAAACUGCUCUGGGUGCUUUGGCCAGAGUUCUACGAGAGGACUGGAAACAAAGUGUAGAACUUGCCACUAAUAUAAUUUAUAUUUUCUUCUGCUUCUCUAGCUUUUCUCAAUUUCAUGGACUUAUCACACACUACAAAAUUGGAGCUCUGUGCAUGAACAUAAUCGAUCAUGAACUAAAAAGACAUGAGCUCUGGCAGGAAGAACUCACAAAGAAGAAGAAAGCUGUUGAUGAAGAUCCAGAUAAUCAAACCCUUAAAAAAGAAUAUGAAAAGACCUUUAAAAAGUACCAGGGGCUGGUUGUCAAGCAAGAGCAGCUACUUCGAGUUGCCCUGUAUUUGCUGCUGAAUCUUGCGGAGGACACUCGCACCGAACUAAAGAUGAGAAACAAGAAUAUUGUCCACAUGCUGGUGAAAGCUCUGGACCGAGAUAACUUCGAGCUGCUGAUACUGGUUGUAUCAUUUCUGAAGAAACUCAGUAUCUUUAUGGAAAACAAAAAUGAUAUGGUUGAAAUGGAUAUUGUUGACAAACUAGUGAAAAUGGUCCCGUGCGAACAUGAAGACCUGCUGAACAUCACUCUACGGCUUUUGCUGAACCUUUCCUUUGACACAGGCUUAAGAAAUAAGAUGGUACAAGUUGGGCUUCUUCCAAAACUCACUGCAUUGUUGGGAAAUGAAAAUUAUAAACAAGUAGCCAUGUGUAUUCUCUAUCACAUAAGCAUGGAUGAUCGCUUUAAAUCGAUGUUUGCAUACACGGACUGCAUACCUCAGUUAAUGAAGAUGCUGUUUGAGUGUGCUGACGAACGUGUUGACUUGGAGCUCAUUUCCUUCUGCAUUAACCUAGCUGCUAACAAGAGGAACGUGCAACUCGUUUGUGAAGGAAAUGGACUGAAAAUGCUAAUGAAGAGAGCGCUGAAAUUCAAGGAUCCAUUACUGAUGAAGAUGAUAAGGAAUAUCUCUCAGCACGAUGGACCAACCAAAACUUUGUUUAUCGAUUAUGUUGGCGAUCUAGCUGCCCAGAUCUCCAAUGACGAAGAAGAGGAAUUUGUGAUAGAAUGCUUAGGAACACUGGCCAAUUUGACUUUGCCUGAUUUGGAUUGGGAACUUGUGCUGAAAGAGUACAAAAUGGUACCAUAUUUCAAAGAUAAAUUAAAGCCAGGUUCUGCAGAAGAUGACCUGGUCUUGGAAGUGGUGAUAAUGAUUGGAACCGUAUCCAUGGAUGACUCCUGUGCAGCACUGCUAGCUAAAUCUGGGAUUAUUCCAGCACUUAUUGAACUGUUAAAUGCUCAACAGGAAGAUGAUGAGUUUGUCUGCCAGAUCAUUUAUGUGUUUUACCAGAUGGUCUUUCACCAAGCCACUAGAGAUGUCAUCAUCAAGGAGACUCAGGCUCCAGCAUAUCUUAUAGAUCUGAUGCAUGAUAAAAAUGCUGAGAUCCGUAAAGUCUGUGAUAAUACAUUGGAUAUAAUAGCAGAAUAUGAUGAAGAGUGGGCUAAGAAGAUCCAGAGUGAAAAGUUCAGAUGGCACAAUUCCCAGUGGCUGGAAAUGGUGGAGAGUCGACAGAUGGAUGAAAACGAGCAGUUUUUGUAUGGGGACGACCGCGUUGAGCCCUAUAUUCAUGAAGGGGACAUUCUGGAAAGGCCUGAUCUUUACUACAAUGCUGAUGGACUGAUAACGCAUGAUGGAGCAGUAAGUCCUGAUUUCUUCAGUGAUUACCACAUUCAGAAUGGAGACCUCGUGGGUCAGCAUCCCUUCUCUGGCAGCGUUGCGGUGGAUGGAUUUGGCCAGCCCAUGGGCAUCCCAAGCCGCCCGACCACUGCCUAUGGAUAUCGACCGGAUGAACCUUACUACUACAGCUUUGGAGCCCGAUAGAGCCAUCUGCUGAAUUAAACAAAUAUCUUCCUGUUUCCUUGAACGAUUGUAGCUGAAUUAAGGUUUUCUUUAGUGAUGCACGAUGCUACUGUGUACAGGUCUGUGUGGUAAUUCCCUUUGGUAUGUGUUAUUCCAAAGAGAGGUUAGUCAUUCAGUGACUCCUUUUCCACCCUUAUGCUUUUCUUUUGUACAGUUUUUGCCCGAUGUUAGAACCUACUGACUGGAAAAUAAAUAUUAUUAUGUAUGUUAUGCAACUAAUUUAAGUAUUAUUAAAAACAGAUUGUGUAGUCUAUGGUACUGAAUGCCUAGGCUCCAUUAGUUUUUAACAAAGCUUGUUACUUUUUGUUUAAGCAAUAAUUUAAUUAGCUCAUGAAACUGUGACUAAUUCAUCUUUUGUAAAUGUCCUUGAAGUCUACUAAGUAAGAGCACGUUCCUGUGGCCUCCAGACACUGCCUGUAGAAAGAUGGGACAGGUUGGCAUUCCAGUUCUCAGAAAUGCAUUCCAGGGCCGGAGCAUGUGCCCCCCUCCACUCAAGGGCUCAAUCCUUUCCACCUUAGGAGCAGCUCUGAGGUUGCAGGUGCAAUUUGGGAGCCAGCCUCUGACCUGUGGGGGCCUUCUGGGAAGCAAGGGGGGAGGAGGGAGGCUCCACCAACGUAAAAGGAAUCCUGGGGGUGCCUUAGCCUCUCCUCUUCACGAGCAGGUGAAAGACUGCCAAAAUCAACAAAUGCCACCUUUUCAGGGUGGGAGAAGCAAGGUGGCAAUUGCCUCCGCAUUGCUUAGAUGCCCACAAUCCUCUGACUGCUGCGGGUUAUAUGCAGCAACAUCGGAUAGUGCACCAACACCACUGCAUCCAAAGCUGGGUGUCCCCUUUCUGUGUGAUGUCUUUCAAACAAGCUGCACACCUUACCCAACUGUUGAAGAUGGCCCUAUGUUGUAUUGAUGUUAUUGCAUGGAUGUGUGACUUCUGUGGUUGAAAUAAAUUUCAAACCAUCCGUUGUUUUCUGCUGAUUACAAGAAAAGCCAGAUAUUGGAUGCUGCCUUGUUAGAAAUCCGGGUGGCAGCACCAUGAAGGUGAAAGCCAAAAAGAAGACAAACUUCAAAAAGGAACUAGAAAGAGUGCGUCUGGAUCUCGAUUUGGGGUUUAGUUAUUCUUACUUGGGAGCAACUGCUUAUAAGUUAUGUUUUGCAACAGUUUUGCUGCCUGAACUGAUUUUAGAAUUAGAAGGGUUUUGGUUUCUACUUGAAUACUUUAUCAUAAACAAUUUUAUAGCACUUUUUCAAGGUCUGCCUCUCUGUUGUUGUUGUUUUCUUUGCACUCCUAGGAGUAGUAAUAUUGGGGUUGCUUGCAAAUAUCAUUUUGGCCGUACUGCUUUAGUGGCAACCCCCAGACAUGUUAAA